AUGAGAAAAAGGCAAUCUUUGCGCAACAAAGCGACCCACUUUGUUUCUGUCCUUCUCAACCCCAUCUCUGAUUCCGACACUACCAAACCCUCCAAACACCCUCCAACCGCUCCAACACCAACACCUCCUUCUGGAGAAGUAGGUGGAUCAGGGACAAAUGUUGAAGAGAGUAACCUUGGUUUAGCUGAUGGGCCUGAUACUUCGUCCUUCACUGCGUUUCUCUAUUCUUUAUUGUCUUCCUCUGACACUGGAGAUAAUGCAAGCUCGCACGUGCAGAGUGAUGAUGACAAAGGUGCUGCACCUGAUCACAGCCCUUUACCAGACUCGUUGCUGAAGGAAAAUGGUGGGAGGAAAAGUUUGUUUUCCAAAAGCAAGCUAUCACUUGGAAGAGCCAUUCGCAGAAUGGGUGGAGUUCGCCAUCAUGGUCGCAGGGAUAAUCUUGAAAUGAAAUUGGAUGACGGGGGUGGUUCUAAGGCUGCUGGUGUUGUUGAAAUGAGGCGUAUUGAACCUGUGGAAGAAUCUCUGACUGUGCCUUUGGUUGAUCUUCCAGAAAUUUCUGAGCCAUCGGUUCUCCUUUCAGAUAGUAUAAGGAAUGUUCUCUAUGUUUCUCUUCCACCCCUUGUUCACGGAAGGAAAUGGCUGCUAUUAUACAGCACUUGGAGACAUGGUAUAUCACUUUCCACUCUUUACCGGAGAAGCAUGAUUUGGCCUGGAUUGAGUUUGCUGAUUGUUGGAGAUAAAAGAGGAGCAGUAUUUGGAAGCAUGGUUGAGGCACCUCUCAGAUCAUCUACCAAGAAAAAAUACCAGGGAACAAACAAUACAUUCGUUUUCACAAAUAUCUCUGGUCAACCUGUUAUAUAUCGUCCAACAGGAGUAAACCGCUAUUUCACACUUUGCAACACUGACUACUUAGCAAUUGGUGGAGGAGGUCAUUUUGCACUUUAUUUGGAUGGUGAUCUAUUGAAUGGUUCAAGUUCAGUCUCAGAAACUUAUGGGAAUCCUUGCCUCGCAAAUUCUCAGGACUUUGAAGUGAAGGAAGUAGAGUUAUGGGGCUUUGUAUAUGCUUCAAAAUAUGAGGAAGUGCUGGCAAUGAGCAGAACAGAAACACCUGGGAUCUGCCGAUGGUAA